UCGACUUGCUCUGAAGUCUCCGGGGCCGAGGCCUACAGACUUUUUUUGUAACGCACGCUCUUAAAAUCUAGUCUCGAUGCCCAGAUUUCGGUGCCCGUUUUGACCGGGUGUGAACAGAUGAAGCACUUUAUUCUGUGAUUGAAGCAGAAACGGUCGGAAACGUUAGCCAGCUAAUUGUAGCUACUGCUAACUGCCAGCGAGGAAGUGAGGAACGAAAAAAAUGACAUCUCGGAGGUGGUUUCACCCCAACAUCACAGGUGUGGAGGCCGAAAACCUCCUGCUGACUCGAGGAGUGGAUGGGAGCUUUUUAGCCAGGCCCAGUAAGAGUAAUCCAGGAGACUUUACCCUCUCAGUACGGCGAAAUGGAGCCGUCACCCAUAUUAAGAUCCAGAACACAGGAGACUACUAUGACCUUUAUGGUGGGGAGAAGUUUGCCACUCUGGCGGAGCUGGUGCAGUAUUACAUGGAGCAUCAUGGGCAGCUGAAAGAGAAAAACGGAGAUGUUAUUGAGCUCAAGUAUCCACUCAACUGUGCGGACCCCACCUCAGAGAGGUGGUUCCACGGACACUUGUCGGGCAGGGAGGCUGAGAAGCUGCUGACGGAGAAAGGCAAGAACGGCAGCUUCCUGGUGAGAGAGAGCCAGAGCCACCCGGGGGAUUUCGUCCUGUCCGUCCGUACAGGAGACGACAAGACGGACAGCAGCGACAGCAAACCCAAAGUGACUCACGUCAUGAUCCGCUGCCAGCAUGACCUGAAGUACGACGUGGGUGGAGGGGAGAAGUUUGACUCCCUCACCGACUUGGUGGAGCACUACAAAAAGAACCCCAUGGUGGAGACUCUGGGCACUGUGCUUCAGCUCAAACAGCCCCUGAACACUACUCGUAUUAACGCUGCAGAGAUUGAAAGUCGAGUUCGGGAGCUGAGCAAACUAGCGGAGGCAACAGACAAGGUCAAACAGGGCUUCUGGGAAGAAUUUGAGACCUUGCAGCAACAAGAGUGCAAGCUGCUCUACAGUCGCAAAGAGGGCCAGAGAGCAGAGAACAAGAACAAGAACAGAUACAAGAACAUUUUGCCCUUCGACCACACUCGUGUGGUGCUGAAUGACAGGGACCCAAAUGAGCCAGGCUCUGACUACAUCAACGCCAAUAUCAUCAUGGUAGUAUCUGCUGUCAUGCCGGAGCUGGACUCAAAGUGUAACAGCACCAAGCUGAAGAAGAGCUACAUCGCCACUCAGGGCUGUCUGCAGAACACCAUCAGUGACUUCUGGAGGAUGGUGUUUCAGGAGAACUCGCGAGUCAUCGUCAUGACCACCAAAGAGGUGGAGAGAGGAAAGAGCAAGUGUGUGAAGUACUGGCCGGACAUGUCGGCUCUGAAGGAAUACGGUGCGAUGCGCGUUCGCAAUGUCAGAGAGACGGCUGCACACGACUACAUCUUAAGAGAACUCAAGCUGUCUAAAGUCGGACAGGGUAACACAGAACGUACAGUCUGGCAGUACCACUUCAGGGCCUGGCCGGACCACGGAGUCCCCACUGACCCCGGCGGUGUACUCGACUUCUUAGAGGAGGUCAACCUGAAACAGGAGAGCAUACUGGACGCUGGACCUAUAGCGGUACACUGCAGUGCAGGGAUCGGGCGGACAGGAACGUUUAUAGUGAUCGACAUCCUGAUAGAUGUGAUCAGAGAAAAAGGGGUGGACUGCGACAUCGACGUGCCAAAGACCAUCCAGAUGGUUCGCUCUCAGCGCUCUGGGAUGGUGCAGACUGAGGCGCAGUACAGAUUCAUCUACAUGGCCGUACAGCACUACAUAGAAACGUUGCAGAGACGCAUCGAGGAGGAGCAGAAAAGUAAGAUUAAAGGGCGUGAGUACACCAACAUUAAGUACUCUCUGUCUGACCUGACUGGGGGAGAGCAGAGCCCUUUGCCUCCUUGCACUCCUAUUCCUACUCCCACCUGCACAGAGAUGAGGGAGGACAGCUCCAGAGUGUAUGAGAACGUGGGCCUGAUGCAGCAGCAGAAGAGCUACAGAUGAGAUUCACCUUUGACCCCAGUGCUCUACCAGUUCCAGGUUCUCGAUACCUGACAGUUUUCUCGCCAGCCACACCUUGACGCCUGAGACUUGACCGUAAUGACAUGGAACAACGGAAAAACACAAAAAACACAAAACCGCGAGGGAGACCAGACGCCAGGGUCCUCCUGCUCUCGCUCAUCUUACUCGAACAUUUGCCCUCUAGUUGAAUUCUAAACCACUGUGAUCAUCAGAAGAGCCUUUGAGAAGCCUAACAUGCUAAACCCCCCCCCUACUAAACCACGGUUUGGGUUUAGCCUUUGUAAAUCUCACCCCAACAAGGGCUGCACACAGCGAGCACUCUCCUCAGAGGGAAACACCUAGCUAACCUUUGCUCAUCUCUCUUUUUUCUAUGUAUUAUUUUUUAAUUAACCAAAGGACGAGUUUGUAGAUUGUUUGUAGAAGUGAGGAGUUUUCUGAAAAAGGCUUGUGCCAAAACCACGAAUGAGUUUAUCCACAUUUCUCAGCUAAUUAAAAGUCUCUAUUCGG